CCCCCUUCAAGAUGGCGGCGCCCACGGAGCGGCUCGCCUCUGUGUGUGCGGAGCUGGAGACAUGGCUGCAGGAGGGCUGGGACCGGGGGGAUCCGGGGCUGGAGCUGCUCCAGCGACUCACCGACAUGUUCAGGGACCCGGCGUGCCGAGAACUCGCAGAAGACGGUGUAUUCAAAGUGAUUUUGGCGACGCUGUCGAGAGCUUCGCACCGGAUCGACACGGCAGAGGUCGGGGCCGACGCGCUGGAGAACUCGUUUCUCCUGGUGGCCGAAUGUUUCCGAUGCUUGAGAAAUUCUUGCGUCCGGUGCUCUCAGAAUCAGGACGCGAUCAGAAAUGUGGGCUUAAUCGAAGAAUCCGUUGGCCUCAUCAAGAGCUUCAGCUCGUACGACGAUAUACAAGAACCUGGGCUCGUUGCUCUCCGCUGCGGCCUUCAGUUCCUUGGCAAUGCUGCCGCAGGAAACCCGGAUUCCCAGAAUAGCAUUUGGAAGCGUGCGUUCCCAGAACUCUUCUUAAAUUGCCUGAGGAGCGCAGAUGACAAGGUUUGCGGGUUCAGUUCUAUGAUCCUUUAUACCUGCAUGAGUGACGACAAAAUGGGGGAUUUACUGGAAAAUGCGGACGUCGCACUUGGCGUUUUUACGGCCUACGGAAGGCAGCAGGAUGCUGAUUGGCUACACCUGAUCGUAACUGACCGUUUCCUCAAGAGUCCCGACCUGGUGAAGACCCUGUACCCCAAGCAGACGGAUCCGGAAAGGAUAACCUUGCUAGAGAUCAUUUUGGACAAAGUAACAGAGAAAGAGCCAACUUGCGCAGAAGAAUCCACCAGCCUGCGGACGAUUGGCGAGUUUCUGUCGGAACGUUUCCAAAACCAGUGCCGUGCCGUCCUAAAACUAAUCGCGCCGGGGGAUAGCGACGAGCAGGAGGCGUUAGUUGUGGUCCGGCUGCUCGACGUCCUCUGUGAAAUGACCUCAAACAACGAGUAUCUGGCUGGUCUGCAGAGCUGCACCUCUUUGUUAGAAACAGUAAUAGAUGUUUUACGCCUGACGCAUCUAGCCGGGAAGCAAACGAAGAACAUCUUCACGUCCGCGCACACCAGCACCUUAGGCACGGACUUGACUCACGCGGUGGUCGGAUUCAAAGCUCAUCUCAUCCGCAUGAUCGCAAACCUUUGUUACAGGCACACGGAGAACCAAGACAAGGUCCACCGGCUGGAUGGGAUCCCCCUCAUUCUAGACAACUGCAGCAUCGACGAUAACAACCCCUUUCUGAACCAGUGGGCCGUCUACGCCAUCCGGAACCUGACCGAGAACAACGAGAAGAACCAGGACCUUAUUGCUUCCAUGGAACGCCAAGGGCUCGCCGAUACCUCGCUGCUGAAGAGCAUGGGCUUCGACGUGCAAGAGCGCGACGGGAAGCUUGUUUUAAAAUCCACCAAGAAAUCCUAGCGAGAAGUCGCGCACGCGGUUUGCGGGGGCCGUGUGUGGGGACGACCUCUGAGAUCGUGUCUACGGACUCCACGAUAUCGACCAAAAAGCACUUCAGGACACCGCUAAAAAAUAAUAAAAAAACAAUAAAUAAUUAUUGUAUUCUUAUUAAAUCUGCCAAUAAUAGCUCAUUGAACUUGUAUCUGUUAAAAAAAGGAUCAAUAAAAAGAAUUUUGGGGUAAAAAUCA